AUGGGCACGCUCAAAAUGGGCAAGAACUGCAGUGUGUGCAAGGAGUGGCAAGAACACUGCUACUGGAGCCAUAUGGCUGAUGACAGUAAGCACUUCUUGAAGCAUAUGGCUGGGGACUUCACCGAGAGCAUGACCGUGCCUGCUAGAUUUGCAGACAACUUCAACGGGCACAUCUCCGAGGAAGUGAAUCUGAGGCCCCCCAGCGGCAAAACCUGGAGCAUCGGAGUCGCCAGCAGUGGCGCCGGCGAGGUGGUUCUUCAGUCCGGCUGGAAGGAGUUCGUCGACGGUAACAGCGUACAGGAAGGCGACUGCCUGCUCUUCAGGUACAGCGGAGUCUCCUCCUUCGAUGUGCUCAUCUUUGACCCGUCCGGCUGCGAGAAGGCGUCGCCGCACUUCGCCGAGAGCCAUGGCGGAGGGAAGAAGUACGCCGGAGCUGGUGGAGGAGGCAGAAAUAAUGCUGACAUUGGCCAUCACCACCACCACCACCUGGAGAUGACACUCCACAGGAACAGCGGCAGGAGCGUCCCCAGAGCAUGUAAGCGCUGUUUAUUCAGUGAUGACACAGAUCAAGAUGAGUGUGAAGCGAAGGAAGACGACGAUGACGAAGAUGUUGUGAAGGGCGUGGUAGAAGGGGGGUACUACUUCGGCAGGAACGGGCGGGUGGGCGAGUACAACCUGAGGGAGGAAGACAAGGAGGAGAUCUCGCGCUUCCCCGUGCCGCUUCACCCUGGGAACCCCGUGUUCGUGCACGUCAUCCACGCCGCCCACAUCCGGACCAGCCGUUAUAGCAUUCUGGGCAUGUCGCCGGAGUUCGCCGGAAAAUAUCUGGGGGCGUUGAAGGAGGUGGUGCUGGAGAGGGCGAGCAGGAGGGCCCAGUGGCGCGUCAUGUUCGUGCACCGUCAUAACACCCGCGGCUUCUACGGCGUCGGCUGGCGUCAGUUCGCCGGCGACAAUGGCCUCGCCGCCCACGACGUCUGCCUCUUCGAGCUCAUGACGGCCGACGAGGCCGGCAGCCGCCGACGCCGGCGGCCGACGAUGACCGUGCACGUCCUCCGGAGGGUGCGCGGCUGUUUCGUGCUGCUGCGCUGA